AUGUGCCUGACGUACAGGCGCCGGUUUGAAGAGCUUGAUAAUGCUACUCAAACCUUCUCAAAGAAGAGUUCAAAGAAAAGACAUUUGUACGUGUUCUCACAAAUGUUAGGAUCCCAAGGAUUACGUCCAGUCAUAUCAGCUGUUUACGCGCGAUUGCUUAACAAGACAGACUCACUUCGUCAAUGGCGUUUUUCACAGAAGGAACAACCACACGCUUACCGCCUACGUCAUCACUGUACGGAAUGGAACGGAACGGGUCUUCUCGAAAUUGCGUCCAAACGGAUUCUAUGGUAA